AAUCUAAAUAUUCUUCUAAGUUGUAAUCUUUUGGGUUUUCAACGGUGUUUUUGUUGAUAAACUGUAGUUUAAUUGCUAAUGUCUUAUACAUAAAAAUCUCUAGUAGUACAGAACAAGUUUAGUUCAACGCAAUACAUCUUAGGUCAGCUUUUAUAACACUAAUAAUGCCUAAAAAUCUUAAGUCAUCGAAUAAAUUCCCUGAUGGAUUUAUGUUUGGAACUUCCACUGCUGCUUACCAAAUUGAAGGAGCUUGGAAUGAAGAUGGUAAAGGUGAAAAUAUUUGGGAUAAAAUGGUCCAUACUCAUCCAGAAUUGAUCAAAGAUAGUGCUAAUGGUGAUGUUGCAUGUGAUUCUUAUCAUAAAUAUAAAGAAGAUGUUGCAUUAGCCAAAGCACUUAAUCUUAAAUUUUAUCGGUUCUCAAUAUCAUGGACUCGUAUAACACCAACCGGAGAAGCUCACAAGAUUAAUCCUAAAGGAAUAGAAUACUAUAAUCGUUUAAUUGAUGAGCUACUUGCAAACAACAUUGAACCACUAGUCACAAUGUACCACUGGGAUCUUCCUCAAUAUCUACAAGAUCUUGGAGGUUGGGUCAAUCCAAUAAUAGCUGACUAUUUUAAAGAAUACGCAAAAGUUUUAUUUUCAAAUUUUGGUGACAGGGUGAAAUGGUGGAUAACAAUUAAUGAACCAAUGGAAACAUGUAAAGGAUAUUCAUUCUGUAAUUAUGCACCCUACUUAAAUUUAAGUAACACUGGUUAUUAUAGGGCUGGUCAUACACAACUUUUAGCUCAUAGUAAAGUCUAUCAUUUAUACAAUGACAUGUUCAGAGAAAAACAAAAAGGUAAAAUAAGUAUAUCAAUUAAUGGAAUGUUUUUUAUUCCAAAAAAUGUUGAUUCAGAAAAAGACAUAGAAACUGCUGAACGAGCUAAUCAAUUUGAGAGAGGAUGGUUCAGUCAUCCAAUUUAUAAGGGUGAUUAUCCACCUGUAAUGAGAGAAUGGGUAGAUAGAAAAUGUAAAAGUGAAGGACGACCAUGGUCUACAUUACCAACAUUUUCAGAAGAAGAGAUUAAAUUACUUAAAGGCACAGCUGAUUUCUAUGCUUUAAAUCAUUAUUCUACUAGAUUUGUAACUAAUGGUAUAGAUCCAAAUCCAAAUCCAAAUUACAAUCCUGAUGCAGAAUAUAUAAUUUCAGUUGACAAGUCAUGGCCAGUAUCUAUUGCACCUUGGCUUAUAGUUGUACCAGAAGGCUUGCAUAAACUUCUUGUUUGGAUAAAAAAUGAAUACAAUAACCCACCUAUCAUCAUAACAGAAAAUGGAUAUGCUGAUGAUGGCCGACUAAAUGAUUUAGAAAGAAUCGAUUACAUCAAAAGCCAUUUAUAUGCUACACUUCAAGCUAUAAAUGACGAUAAAUGUAAUGUAAUAGGCUAUACAUGCUGGUCUUUGUUAGAUAACUUUGAAUGGAUGGACGGCUAUAGGUAUCAUUUUGGACUAGUUAAUAUAGACUUCAAUAAUCCUCAAAGACCCCGUGUACCAAAAGCAUCAUAUCAAUUUUUCAAAGCUAUUGUUACAACUGGAAUAUUAAACGAUUCAGUCAGCCCAACCAGUUAAUAUGGUUAAUGAUUGCUUAAUCUAUUACAUAUAAAUCUUAAAUUUUUGUUUGUUUUAUACUUGGUGUAUAAUUUAAAGUGCCAUUUCUAGUUUUUUAUUUAUAGUAAACAUAAUUAUUUAAGUU